UUUUCAAAAAAUACUAAAUAUAAUUUUAAAUAAAAUAGAAUACCAUACUGAAGAUAAAUAUGUAUGCUGAAAACAAUUAAUACGUGUUAUAUAAAAAUCCUAUUAUUCCCCUGUAGUUUUCGUUUGGGAAAGUGCAGAGCUUCCUAAAAUUGGGAAGCCCGGCCGUGAAGUGUACUGACAUCACGAAAGCGAUGAAGUUCACAGACUCGCCGGUGAUAGAGCUCCCGGUGCACAACGCCAUUCUCUCUAUACAGCAAGACAACGGCUCCUUCCACGUCGGCACCUCCGUCUGGCCCUGCUCCCUUGUCCUCGUCAAGUUCGCUGAGCGUUGGGCCCCACUUCCGGGCCCAAACCUAAGGCCCACAACCACACCCAACCCUUAUGCCCAACUCCUCGACUUCGGCUCCAAGCGGGGCGUCGAGCUCGGCGCCGGCUGUGGAGCCGCUGGCAUGGGCUUUUACCUACUCGGUCUGACAGACGUCAUCCUCACCGAUAUCUCUCCAGUCAUGCCCGCACUGAAGCGAAACCUCAAGAACAAUAAAUCCGUGCUCGCCAAAACCCUAAAGCAUUCCGUUCUUUACUGGAACAACGCCGAUCAGAUCAAGUCCCUCAAACCUCCGUACGACUUCGUUUUGGCCACCGAUGUCGUCUACAUCGAGGAGUCGGUGGGUCCGCUUAUUUCAGCCAUGGAGGCUUUGGUGUCGGACGACGGCGUCAUUUUGCUAGGAUACCAGCUCAGGUCCCCUGAAGCCCAUAAGCUGUUCUGGGAAAUGUCUGAGAAAGUGUUUGAAAUUGAGAAGGUUCCCCAUGAAGAUUUGCACCCAGAAUACGCGUACGAAGAGGCUGAUGUAUACAUAUUUAGGAAGAAGAAGAAGGAGGAAGAGAAAAUGGAAGAUAUCCCAUGAGUCUGAUUUCGGGACCCAUGCUAAAGAUUAAAUAUAGUGAGGAGGAGACCUGAGGCCUUGUUUGGUUGCCAUACAACCUGGAACAAUGGAUCCCACUUACUGGAUAAGCCUUUGGAAGUUUCCAAAGUACAGAUUUUGGGACCCCUGGCACUUGAAAAUGCAUGCAUUUCUUUAACAUUUCUUUUGUAGCCCAGUAGCUUAGCUGGAGAUUGCUCAGUAAUGAUCUGAAGAUUCAUGCAUUCAAGUUUAUGAAACUCUGCAGUCUCUUUUCAUUUCCAAGAUAUUGCAGUAUGACUUGCUAAGAAUGAUUAAAUCUUUCUACAGUUCUACACAACUUUUGUAAUUUCGUUAGUGUGAAUUUAGUUUAUAAAGCCAAAUCAUAUUUUGAUCUUUGUGCAUAUAUUUCGUGUGCAUAGCUCAAGACAAGGCAUAACCUAUAUGAUGAUGUUUUUACAUUUCUCUUAUGCAACAUUAACAUGUUUAUAGACUCUGGAGAAGUAUUUUACUAUUGUAGUUGACCCUUUUUCACAAACAAAACUCUAUUCUUAUAUAUCAGGUAAAAAAAAAGGGCUUAUCUAUAAACUUUCUGGACGUGCUGAACGAAAGAAGUUGCUUUCAGUAGAAAAUUUAUGAAACUCUCUUUAACAGAACUAUUUUACAUUGGUGGUCACUGGUCAGUAUACUUAUUGUCUUCAAGGCCAAGGAGACAAGCAAGUAUACAGCUCCUCCGCCGGCAACUCAGUUACAUUUUCUGUUCCAUAGUUAUAAUAAUUUUGAAGCGAGCUUGAACUACCACGAUCAUCCACACCAGAUGGUGCUGAAAUCACAGAAGGAAGAGAAGCCACGGGAGACGAGCGGACACCACCACCAUCGUUGGCUGAUACACGAAGCAGCAUCUCUUGAGCCCUGUUCAGCUCGUGUUUAAGCAUCCCAACCUCUCUCUCAAGCCUUCUCUUUUCCACCAAGACGUCCUCCAGCUUCAGUUGGAUACUUCUGUAAUCAAACUCUACUGUCUGUGUCUUGUGUCGGGCUCGCCGGUUCUGGUACCAGAUGGCAACCUGUCUUGGGGAUAGCCCAAGCUUUGAAGCAAGAUGAAGCUUGCGUUCCGAUUGGAGCUUGUGAUCAUUGGUGAAGCUCGUUUCCAAGAGCCUUACUUGAGCUUGGGUUAGCCUUCUAGUUCUGCGCUGCCCUGUAAGUGGUUUAGACAGGUCUUGGUUUUGUUGUGUCUCCUCAAUAAGUAUGUCGAAGCACUGGAAAUCCAUUUCUUUUUGUGGAAAACAAAUUAGUUUCAU